CCCUGAUAUUCUGAGAAUGAGACGGUAAUGAUGGUCACAACUCACAUACCAUGUGAUCUUCAAUUAUUUUAAGAGGAAAUACUAAUUUAUCUGGAUAGUAAGAAUUCUUAGUGGGGGUUAUGUCUCUAUAUAAAAGGAAGGAAACGAGGGAUGGGAAGACAGGAACUUCAUCUGUGAUUCAGCUCUGAAAACUAAGAUAAAGAUGUUGACUGUACUGGUUUUAGCAGCAGUGAUCAUGGUCUCAGUUGAAUCGGACACCUCAAGCACAGAAGAGUGGAAAUCUCUGAGCAAUCCCAAAAGCAGAAUGCUGUUUUUCAAGAUCCUACAAUCGUAUCUUGAUGGACGAGAAGGUCAAACAGCAGUGGACAGCAGCCUGGCAAAUACUGCACUGGACAAAUACAGCAACUUUCUCUAUAACAGCAAUUAUGAUGUUGAAUGAUGACAUUUUAUUAUAUAUGUAUUAAACCAGAUAUAUUAAACAUUUUCCUGUUAGUAGUAGACACCUCAUAAAGCAUAUAAACAUUCAAAUACCAGUGUCAGA